AUGUCUAUCGUAACGGUUUUUGUACAAAGUGACAGUGCUUCUUCAGAAAGAAGAUUCGACAAAGGUCUUACUAUCCAGCAGUUAAAAACAAAACUUGAACCUAUCACUGGUGUGCCAGCUAAUUCUCAAUCAUUACAAUUAUAUAACGGGGAUACACUCGUAGCCACUCUUGAAGGAGAUGAUUACAUGUUGGGUGCUUUUCCUGUAGAUAAUUUCAUGAUACUUCGGGUUAUCGACACUAAUCCUAAUAGUCUCAAAAAUCAAUAUACUGAUGUGUCACUUGUGGAAAAGUACGUAAUGCCAGAUGAGGAUUAUUCAAAACGGAAAGAUUCGGUUCUUGCUUUUAAACAACGUAAUAAAUUUGGAAGAUUUGGUGAUGCGAAUUCUUCUUAUUCAGAAUCAACUUAUACUUAUGAAGAUGAAGCUAAAGAUAUCAAAGUUGGUGAUCGUUGUGAAGUUGAUUUUAGUGAAGGUAGUGAAGAAGGUCUUAAAAGACGAGGUGUUGUUAAAUAUGUUGGUGAAACCAAAUUCAAACCAGGUUAUUGGAUUGGUGUACAAUAUGAUGAACCAGUUGGUAAACAUGAUGGAUCUGUUCAAGGUGAAAGAUAUUUUACCUGUUCAGAUAAAACUUGA